UCCUUUUCUCUUGUCCCCUCAUCUCCUUCCUCUCUCCACCCCCUGACCCCAGACCAUGCUGAAGGUGCUGGUGUGUGGCGAGGGUCCCGACCGUACAGGAGUGAUGAUCUCCAUCCCUCAGUACCCCCUGUACUCGGCCACGCUGGCAGACCUGGCUGCCGUGCAGAUCAACUACUACCUGGACGAGGACAGGUGUUGGGGUCUGGACGUGGCGGAGCUGAAGAGAGCCUUGAGCGCCGCCCGGACGCACUGCAACCCCCGCGUCAUCUGCAUCAUCAACCCCGGGAACCCCACUGGUCAGGUCCAGAGCAGGAAGUGCAUUGAAGAUGUCAUCCGAUUUGCCAAAGAGGAGCAUCUCUUCCUCAUGGCUGACGAAGUGUACCAGGACAACGUGUACGCAGAGGGCUGCAAGUUCCACUCCUUCAAGAAAGUGCUGUUUGAGAUGGGACCAGAGUUCUCCAGCACCGUGGAGAUGGCCUCCUUCCACUCCACCUCCAAAUGCUACAUGGGAGAGUGUGGGUUUCGCGGCGGCUACAUGGAGGUGAUCAACAUGGACCCUGAGGUGAAGGCCCAGCUCACGAAGCUGGUGUCGGUGCGUCUGUGCCCCCCCGUCACCGGCCAGGCUCUCCUGGAGCUGGUGGUGAACCCCCCCCAGCCCGACGAGCCCUCCUACAGCUCCUUUAUGAAGGAGCGGACGGAGGUUCUUGCAGCGUUAGCAGAGAAGGCGGGGCUAACGGAGAAGACCUUCAACACAGUGCCAGGUAUCAUCUGUAACCCUGUGCAGGGGGCCAUGUACACCUUCCCCCGCAUCACUCUGCCGCAGAGGGCUAUCGACAAAGCUAAGGAGGAAGGCCUGGCUCCAGACAUGUUUUACUGCAUGAGGCUGCUGGAGGAGGACGGCAUCUGCCUCGUGCCAGGGAGUGGAUUUGGCCAGAGAGAGGGAACCUUUCACUUCAGGAUGACCAUCUUGCCUCCCACUGAGAAGCUGAAGGUCGUGCUGCAGAAAAUCCGGGACUUUCACAUGCGCUUCACAAAGCACUUUUCCUAACGAGCUUCUCAGCAGAAGACCCAAUCAGUGCCUUUGUGUGGAAGGAGCCGUCUUAGUCAGCUCGAGGCUGUGUUAUACUAAAUCUGAUUUUAAAGAUGUUUUGCAUCAGUGAAAUGCUGCUUCCUUGUUUAUACAGCUAGUACAAUUUAGAUGUCCUAUGUACAGCUCUAACUAUUUUCACUAAAUUAUGCACUUUCACAAAAAUCUACCCGGCCAGGUUUGUAUUACUCAGAACGAUGUUAAAAUGCUGAUUCUAUUUAAUUUAAAAAGUAUUAGUUCAAAUGCAUUUCUCUCCUGUCAAGACCGAUAGGAAAACCAGCUGGAUGUAUUAUUAACUGACCUGACUAACUUUAGUUACUGAACUGCAAGAGCUAUCUAUGAAUGUAAAGCACGUCUCAGAUUGUAGAAAUUAGUUUUACUAAUAUAAAAAUAGUUUUUACAUGUUAUUAAAACCUUUUAAUCUG